AUGGGUCAAACUUCAACAGAAGGUAGUCUUGAUGAGACAACAUUGGAACGGCUUAUCGAGAUGAUUGACGAGAAUAACUGUUUGGCUAAGGUUUUUCGACGAGCGCGUGACCACUACGAAACUGUUGGAGAAGAAUUUGCUGUUAAAUUGAUCCCAGAUAAGGGUAAAGGGAAAGAAUACGAUCUCCCGGGUACGAGUGAGGUGGCAGGUCUUAUCGUAGGGGAUAUGUCAUCAACAAUCGGAGAACGAGAUAUAGUGGUCCAAUUCCAAACUGACACUUUGCAGCAGCUACGUGAUGAUCACCCUUUAUACAUGAGCCUCCAAUACCCUCUUUUGUUUCCAUAUGGUGAGUAUGGUUUCCAUCCCGAGAUCCUACUACAUCUUGAGACAGGAACUUCCAGAACAAGGCAAUUCCUAACCAUACGCGAAUUCUACGCAGCUCAAAUUCAGACACGUCUUAACCAAGGAAUGACUUUAAUAAAGAGCGGUCGUCUACUCCAUCAAUAUAUAGUUGACAUUUAUACGGAAAUUGAGGAGGAUCGGUUAAGGUGGGCGAGGAACAACCAGGAUGUCCUGAGGGCAGAACUCUACAAUAAUGUCCUUGAUGCUGUAUCCAGAGGCGAUACCAAUGCCAAAAUUAUUGGUCAAAGGUUUAUACUUCCACCAAGUUUCACCGGUGGCCCUCGGUACUUAGUUGAGAAAUACCAUGACGCAAUGGCUAUUUGCAGAGAAUAUGGUAAUCCAGAUUUGUUUGUCACAAUUACUGCCAAUCUUAACUGGAGUGAGAUUAAAGAACAUCUUGCCAGAUACGGUGGAGAAUCUCCUAAUGAUAGACCAGACAUUGAAUGUCGAGUCUUUAAAAUGAAGUUGGAUCAGCUGCUCAAGGAUUUCAAAAAAGGAAUUUUCUUCAAACCAUAUACAGCAGCAGUUCACCGGAUAGAGUUUCAAAAAGGGGGUCCCCCCCAUGCACAUAUAUUAUUGUGGUUUGGAAACUCUUCCAGAACGCCAAGCGCGGAUGAAGUAGAUGCGAUCAUAUCAGCCGAGCUCCCAGACAAAGAAAAGGAUCCAGAGGCUUAUGCUUUAGUCACAAAACACAUGAUCCAUGGUCCAUGUGGUGUCAUGAAUCCGAAGUCACCAUGUAUGGAUAAAAAUGUAUGCAUGAAAAAGUUUCCUCGGCCGUAUAAUGACAACACUUCGGUUGACAAGUCGGGAUAUAUAUUGUAUCGUCGGCACCGGAACGAAAAUGCGACUGUGGUAAAGAAUGGAUCAACCUUGGACAACAAUUUUGUCGUACCUCAUAACAUCGAUCUCCUAAAGAAGUACGAGGCUCAUAUUAAUGUUGAAUGGUGUAAUCGUACAAGUGCGGUCAAGUACUUAUUCAAAUACAUUACCAAGGGUGUUGACAGAGCAACAACUGUCAUUAAAAAAGGAAAUACGGCCAGUACAUCUGACGCAACAGCCUCUGGCGGAUCGAAAGAGGGGGUCAUCAAACACCGAAAUGAAAUCCAAGAAUACAUAGAUGCUCGAUAUCUAUCAGCUUGUGAGUCUAUGUGGCGAACGUCUGCAUUAUACAUACACAAGAGAAAACAAUCAGUCGAGAAGCUUAUCAUUCACUUAGAAGGCGAACAUAAUAUAUCAGUUAAAGAAACUGAUAACCUCGGCCGUGUAAUCCGCAAGCCAGUCUGGUCUGAGCGUAAGAGAGGCAGAGCCAUAGGAAGAAUUGUAGCUGUUCAUCCAUCAGCAGGUGAUCGUUACUAUCUAAGGAUCCUCAUAAAUAAGAUAAAGGGUCCUAGAAGCUAUGACGAGCUCAAAACAUACAACGAUGUGAAAUAUCCUGACUUCAAAUCAGUUUCCUACGCACGCAGAUAUUUGGACAACGAUGUCGAGUGGCUCGAGAGUAUGAGAGGUUUGUGGAACCAAGAACUGGAUUACGAUGUUGCUGAGGAAACUCUAAGACAUGACAUGCAAUUCAACAAACUUAAUCCUGAUCAACGUGCGAUUUACGAAGCGGUCUUAGACUCUGUUGAUAAAAAGGAUGGAAAGCUAUUCUUUGUAUAUGGCGCAGGAGGCACAGGGAAAACAUUCCUAUACCAAACCAUUAUAUCAAGGAUUCGUUCAAGGAAACAUAUAGUUUUGCCAGUUGCCUCUUCAGGAAUAGCCGCACUAUUGUUACCUAAUGGUAGAACCGCGCAUUCACGCUUCAAUAUCCCUUUAAAGCUCAGUGAAGAUAAGCUCUGCAACAUCAAACCUGGAACAAUACUGGCUGAGCUAAUCGAGAAAACAAAUCUUAUAAUUUGGGACGAAGCACCUAUGACGCAUAAGCAUGCUUUUGAGGCACUGGACAAGACGUUGAGAGACAUAAUGUCAAAAAGAAACCCUUUUACAAAAGAGCAGACUUUUGGCGGUAAGACAGUUUUGUUAGGGGGUGAUUUCAGACAGAUUCUACCUGUGGUUCCACAAGGCAACAGAGCUGAUACUGUCUUGGCAUCGAUAAGUCACUCAUACCUAUGGGGUAGCUGUCACAAAUUCUCUUUAAAAAUAAAUAUGCGAGUCAAUCAGGACGAAAAUGAGUUCUCCGAUUGGCUUCUGCAGGUCGGGGAAGGUCAUCCACACCUAGAAUCGGGGUAUGAGUGUGACAACCACCAUGAACAGAUGAUAGCAGUUGAUAAAUCGUUGAUUCGUGUGAGUGGUGAUGAUUCACUAAAAGAAGUUGUGGAUGCCGCAUAUGGAGACAUCAGCAAGAUGACUAAUCCGCAGACAUCCUACACUGAUAAGGCUAUACUCACACCCCGUAAUGAAACCAUCGAUGAAAUUAACGCCUAUACCAUCUUGCAAACCGACGGGGUUUCAAGAGAUUAUUUUAACUCCGACAGCUUUGAGAUAUCAGACACUCGAUCCAAACAUAAUGAAACAUUAUACUCUAUCGAGUAUCUCAAUUCAUUGGAAUUCUCAGGAUUACCCUCACAAGCUCACUCUGAAAGUUGGUGCCCCGGUUAUGCUUCUACGAAACAUAAAUAA